AUGCUGGUCGAGUGGAUGAGGAUGGACAUACGUGAUCCUAGGACAAUCAACCCUACUCGAGAAUGUUGCGUGUUGGGGCUACCAGAUAAAGAUUAUGGGGAACCUGUUACUGCUAUAGUUGUAGCGGAGAGUGGAGCUAAGAGGAAAAGAGAAGAAAAGUCAAAACCUGUGAUGACCGUAGAAGAACUCUGCAGUUGGGCUAAAGACAAGCUAGCUCCUUACAAGCUACCGACACGUUUGCUAAUAAGGGAGAGCUUGCCCUGCAAUGCCAUGGGAAAGGUGAACAAGAAAGAGCUAAAGAAAUCUCUGGAUCAUCAAGAGUAG